UGUAAGUAACUGUUUUAUUAUCAAUCUAAUCAUUUUUAAUUUUGAAACAUGAUUCUUUACACAUUAUUGUAUAUUUUAUACAUUUUUAUUAUGGUACACAGUAAUAUUGGUUUGAGAAUAGAAGAUUAUGAAGAGUACUUUAAGCAGAAACACAAGGAUUCGAACUGUGGUUUUGCAGAAGAGUAUGAGGAGUUGAAAACUGUUGGAACGGCACAGUCGAAAAACAUUGCCCUGGCUGUUGAAAACAAGCCAAAGAACCGUUACAGCAAUGUGCUACCUUAUGAUGCUUCAAGAGUGAAGUUAUCAGUGUGUGGCAGUCCCUUUGAUGAUUACAUCAAUGCCAACUACAUCCCAGGCUACAAUUCAAGAAAAGAGUUUAUAGCAGCUCAGGGUCCACUGCCCGUCACAGUGAAUGAAUUCUGGAGAAUGGUCUGGGAGAAGAAUGUCUUCACCAUAGUGAUGCUGACCAGAUGCAAUGAGAUGGGACGAACACCUGGUCAGAGAACACAUGGACCAAUACUCACGCCACUCUCCAACUGUGGUUCAUUGCAGUGCCGGUGUGGGAAGAACAGGGACCUUCAUCGCCAUUGACCACCUGACCUUCCAGAUUGAAAGAGACAGCAUGGUGGACAUCUAUGGAAUCGUUAAUGAUAUGCGCAUGCACAGGCCUCUUAUGGUGCAGACUGAGGAGCAGUAUGUUUACCUCCACCAAUGUGCGUAUGACAUAAUUCGAUCAAGAACUGGAACCAAUGUGGACUUAAUUUACCAGAACGCAGAAGCUAUCAGCAUCUAUCAGAAUUUAGAAUAUCAUAAAUCAUAAAUGUCCAUGGCCUCAAGAUAGCCGUUGCCCAACAAUCAGAGAAAUUGAAGACUGCAGAAAUUUAAGCAUACUUUAAGUUUCACACACACACACACACACACACACACAUAUAUAUAUAUAUAUGCACACAUCACUGGAUGUAAUUCCUUUCUUACAAUACUCAAAGCUUUUGAGUAAUAUUUGAAUUUUAAUGAAUACAUUUAAAAGGUUACACUGGAAAAAUACAGCCAUUUUCUACGAUAAUAAUUUAAAGUAAACAGCAAGUAAUUGUAUUUAUGAUAUUUCAAUCAAGAGAAUUUCGAUCAAGAGAUCUUUAUUUUUUUAUCUUUAUGUCCAAAAAGACAUAUUUGUAUAAUUUGACAUAAUAUAUUUAAUGCAAUAUCAAACAUCUGUACAUUUUAGUACUGACAUGAUUGGGGGCCUUCUCAGGGUUUUAAAAAAAAAACAUUUCAAUGUUUAUAUCUUCAAAGCUAUUUAGAGAAAUAUAAUGUAUCAUGUUUUUUUUUUCUUUUUUUCUUUUUUUUUUAACACUCGAAGGCACUUCCAAUCUAUCAGUGUACACGAUAAAAAUGUUAAUACUGUUUGCUGUUAUAGUAAUAAUUAGACAUGAAGAAAAUAGGACGGUUAUGGUACAGUUAACAAUUAUUAUGUUGUAGAUUUUGCAGUGUGCAAGAAGCUCAACCUGACCUGCUGUGCUGGAUACGAGAAUUUUCUUGGGAAUUGUAAUUUAUGUUGCAUUUUGUUUUUAUUCAGUUAGUGUCAGCCUUUUAAUUUGAUAAGACAAGCAGCUUUGCAUGAUUGCUAAUGGCUAACAUAACCCAAAUUAUGUCUGAAAUGUAACUGUAACUGUACAUUAAUGUCCUGUUUACUGCACAUUUGUUUAAAAGCAAUCACACUUUCAACUGGGCAGUUAUUAUAGUGAGCACAUCUGGGAAUAGCUACACUCUUUUUUUUCUUAAUUUUAUAAAGCACUGUUCAAGAUAUUUUUACUGUUGAUACUUUUUUUAUGAUCAAUACUUGGAAUACUUUUAUUUAAUGUUUUAUUUGUAUUUGAACAACAGUGCACUAGCAUCACUUUCAAACUGGAGACUUGAUGAAAAUCAUUCUCACUUGUUUCUAGCUUCUGUAGCUUUUGUGAACUUAUUUGUGUGUAUGGAUGCUAUUAACAAAACUUAUUUUAUGUAGGAAGUAUCUUUACUGUACCUCUUUUUGUUUUUAUCAAAUGAUGAUCCAUUCUUUGGGAAGCUUCUGAUAAAAUGUCGGAAACAAUGAACACAAUGCAUAUAAAAUAAAUGAAUUUUAAGUACUCUA